GGAGGUAGGAGGAGGCUUGAUGUUAUUCCUUCGGAGGUGGUAGCUGCGAAAGCCGUCAAGCUGGAGGCGGCCGCUCACGCCGGGGGAGAUGCCAUGGCGCAAGGAAGGCCAGGCCCAGUGCAGAUUGUGCUCGUGCACAAGGAAGAGCACUCCUUCGAACUGGACGAGAAGGCGCUGAGUCAAGUCCUGCUGCAGGAUGCCAUACGUGACCUGGACGUGGUGGUGGUGUCGGUGGCCGGGGCCUUCCGCAAGGGCAAGUCCUUCCUCUUGGAUUUCCUGCUGCGCUACAUGUACAUGCAGAAAGAAGGAGGCAGUUCCCAUUGGCUGGGAGAAAAGGAUGAGCCCCUGACAGGUUUCUCCUGGCGUGGCGGCUCCGACCCCGAAACCACUGGCAUCCAGAUCUGGAGUGAGGUGUUCAUUGUGGAAAAACCAAGUGGGAAGAAGGUGGCAGUUGUGCUGAUGGACACCCAAGGAGCAUUCGACAGCCAGUCGACCGUCAAGGACUGUGCCACCAUCUUUGCCCUCAGCACGAUGACCAGUUCUGUUCAGAUCUAUAACUUGUCCCAGAACAUCCAGGAAGAUGAUCUACAGCAGCUGCAGCUCUUUACGGAGUAUGGCCGACUGGCCAUGGAUGAGAUCUUCCUCAAACCAUUCCAGACCCUGAUGUUCCUGGUCCGAGACUGGAGUUUCCCAUACGAGUAUUCUUACGGCCUGGACGGCGGCAGGCGGUUUCUGGAAAAGCGGCUGGAGGUGAAAUCUCACCAGCACGAGGAGAUCCAGAACGUUCGGAAGCACAUCCACUCUUGCUUCACCAACGUCAACUGCUUCCUCUUGCCCCACCCUGGCCUCAAGGUGGCCACCAGCCCAAACUUUGACGGCCGUCUGAAAGACAUUGCAGAUGAAUUCAAAGAUCAGCUGCAGGAUUUGAUCCCGUUUGUGCUGGAUCCCAGCCAGCUUUUGGAAAAGGAGAUCAAUGGUUCCAAAGUCACCUGCCGGGGCUUGCUGGAAUACUUCAAGGCUUACAUCAAGAUCUACCAGGGGGAAGAUCUGCCUCACCCCAAGUCCAUGUUGCAGGCCACCGCCGAAGCCAAUAACUUGACUGCCGUCGCUUCGGCCAAGGACAUGUAUUACACCAACAUGGAAAAGCUGUGUGGCGGGGACAAGCCGUAUGUCUCGCCAGACCUGCUGGCGGAGAAGCACCGCGUGCAGAGCACCAUGGCCCUGCAGCACUUCCAGCGCAUCAAGAAGAUGGGAGGCAAAGAGUUCAGCCAGCGCUACGAGGAGGAGCUGGUCCAGGAGAUGGAGCAGCUCUUUGAGGACUUUGCCAAGCACAACCAGAGCAAGAAUAUCUUCAACACCUUCCGGACGCCCGCCAUUAUCUUCAGCGGCAUCGUCUCCCUCUACCUGAGCUCCGGCGUCACAGGCUACGUCGGCCUGGACAUCGUCUCGCAGCUCUGCAACUUGGUUGUCGGGUUGCUGCUCAUCACUCUCCUGGCCUGGGGCUACAUCCGCUACUCAGGCCAGUACCGCGAACUGGGCGUCGUCAUCGACACCACUGCCGAGUUUCUGCUUGGAACGGUGACGUCCCAGGCGAAUAAUUCCACUCAGGUAGCGGAAGUCAGUACAUCGUCCGGGACAGGUGCCAACGACAGGAAAUCCCAGUAAGGUCUUGGCGCGAGAGGUCCAAACGUCGCUGGGCUGAAGGCGAUGGCCUUGGUCCAGCCUGCAAAUCCAGGCACGGCUUUCCGGGCUUUCUCCAGAGUACCUCCGAGCCCGCCCAGGCUCCGGAUAUUUCCCCUAUUUUGAUUUUUUUAAAAAAAGAACCCUUUCCUGUUUAUUUUACUUCCUGCACUUUAACAAAGGAAAAUAAUGCAGCUUUAAGGUUCUUUCUGUACCAAUUAGUGCCUUCCUCGGGGAAGGGGUGGGAGAGGGGGGGGAAAAACCCAGGUUGCUGAUCUCAUUCCUUUGACCACCUGCUUUUUGUCACUUUCUUCUGGACGCUUGUGGAUGAGAAGCGGGCUCCGGGCGGCCUCCCCCCCCCCCCCCCCCCCCCGCUGGUCAGCAAGCGCUUUGCCUGUCUUGUUGCUGGGGCCCUUGGCUACAUUCCGCCCAGUGAAGACAACAGCGCAGGAGGCCAUGGAGCGCCCGGGACCAAAAGAAAACGAAAAGUGAACCACGCAUUCCUUAACACCCUCCUAUUUUGUGCCUUUUUGUGGAUCGCACCUUGCACCUCUGGUCAUGGAGGGAAACUCCCUUGACCCAUCACUGCCUUAGAAGUCCACCUCCAGAAGCUUUUGUUGUGGGGGGCAGGGAGAAGACCAAAUACUUUGAGCACCCUCUAAUUUCCUCGGAUGCCUCUGACCCAUCAUACCCCCCCCCCCAUUUUUUUGUUCAGUUUCAUUCCCUUAAAGCUGUGGCUUGCUGUGGGCACAGUGACCACCCCCUCCUUCCUUGGAUUCCUUCCCUGUUCAAACUGUAGACGCAGGGCUUUUCCGGAGGUAUGGGUGGGGAUCAGAGGCAUGGAUCGUAAACCCCGAUGUGGCAGCGUACCCUUUUGUGGUCCUGAGACCGCUGUCCCUAGCCCUUCUGUGCACGUUGUGAUUCAGGAACGUGGGAAUAGCUCUAUGCAGCCUCUGACCCAGCAGCCACUUACAGUGGCUCCCCUUGGAGUUUGUUAUUCCUCUUAUUUUGGCCUCCCAGGACUGUAAUACAAGGGUGGCGCCUGGGAGUCCAGGGCUGCAGAUGGACAUUUCCUGCUAACGGACAGGAAGGUGUCAUUUCUUCCAGCUCCGCCUUCAGGCUGAAAACCCCUGAUUUGUCCUGAGGAUUCCCUGUCCCCUUGGAGCAGCAUUUGGGGGAGAUCAGUGGGCCACUGUGGGGUGGGGGGAGGCAGGAGAGUUCUGCGCUGCUGACGGAGAAGCGCCUGUGGCAGCAGGAACUUUAGUCCAGAGCCCCACCAGUUUGGAGUGUUUGGCCAAGAAUUUGGGAGGCCUGGGCCAGAUUCAUUCGCUAAGUAAAACCUACAACUUUUCCCAGAGGGGUCUUGGUAUCUGGAGACGGGUCUUGGAGAUCCGCCACCCGUCCUGCUCCAAGGAGAGCAGCCAGCAAGGCUAACCUUUGGGGCAAAUUUUCCGGGGUGGGGAGCUCUUGUUGCCUACAGUACCUGAAACAUCCCACUUCCAGCCUGUUUCAACCCCCUUCUGCAAUCAACUCCAAAACCCUCAUGACUGUUAGAUUCUCUGGUCUGUAAGCUAAUCAGCUGGCUUGGCUUUUGGGGGGGAUGCCAAGGCGGCCUGGUAAAAUUGUUUUUCUCUUGGAUCUAGAGGCCUCCAGGGUCCGUCUCUCACCUGAAUCCGUUUGUUCUUUUGUACCGACCCCGCCACCCCUUUAAGUAUUCCUUUCUCCUCCAAACCCGGUGCCACGGCUUCUCCAUAUUUGUGGUUCAAUAGCUUUAUAAGGUCAGGGGGCAGCCUCCUUCCCC